AUGGUAAUACUAAGCCAUUCGUCCUCACUCUGGGCAGCGGUUAAGACCAAGGACAUAUUUAUACUGGGAGGACAGAGCAACAUGGCGGGCCGCGGCGGCGUUCAGGGAGGCAAAUGGGACGGCAAUGUGCCGCCGGAGUGCCGACCCAACCCAUCCAUCUGGAGACUGAACGCUCAGCUGCAAUGGGAGGAAGCACGCGAGCCUCUCCACGCUGGCAUUGACGUGGGCAACACUUGCGGCGUAGGGCCCGCAAUGGCUUUUGCCAACCACGUCAUUGGAUCGGCGGGUGGUACGGUGGGUCUGAUCCCCUGUGCAGCCGGUGGGACUCGAAUUUCGCAGUGGAGCCGAGGAUCCCGUUUGUAUACCCAGCUCAUACAGCGAGCCAAUCGCUCUGUGAGUGAGGGUGGCACUGUUAGAGCACUUCUGUGGUAUCAAGGUGAGAGCGACACGGUGAGAAAAGAGGACGCAGACUCUUAUAAGGCUCGCUUGCAGAGCUUCUUCACGGAUCUCCGUUCUGAUCUUCAACUUCCUUCUCUCCUCAUUAUCCAGGUGGCAGUGGCAUCAGGGGAAGGCAGAUACAUACAGAGGGUGAGAGAGGCUCAAGUGGGGAUGAAGCUGCCGAAUGUGAAGUGCGUGGAUGCUAAGGGAUUGCGCCUCAAGUGUGUAUAA